AUGACUUCCAUCGGACAAAAGGUAACUACCGACCCUGCGUCGAAAGUUCCCAUCAACGAGGCGGUCGGUAUCGUAACAUCCGACUCUCUCGCAGGCGAGUCCCUUAAGAAUCAUGGCCACUUUGGUGAAGGCAACCCCAAGGCAGGAGUCUCAGACCAGCCUUCUUCAUCCACAAACACAAACACAACCGACACGUCAAAUGCCGUCAAGCUCAGCGCUGCCGUUAAUUCUGAAGCGCGAGAUGCUCAGGAAGGAUGGAAUGAGGAGAAGACCAUAAGCUCAGGCAAGGGUCUAGGCGGCACUUCGGGUAGCACUGAAGGAGCAUCCAGCGUGACGGGUACAGCACCCGUUGCUCUCUCUGGUACACAUGUCGAUCCAGGCGUACUUAAGCCCAAGGGCGCCAAUCUGACAGAGGAUCCGGAACUACACGGAGACCGCAAGUUUGGCGAAAUUGGUACAAUCAACGAUCCCGCUAGAGAAGCGGAGCGCAAGCUGCAGGGUGUAAAUGCUGCAAAUGCCGGUGUUACUCCCAAGACGGCCGACAUGGCACAGGAUGGCGACAGCAAGUUCAGCAACCUUGGAGACACUACUGCUUAA